AUGCCUCGAAAAUUCUCAAUUCCAACCUCCUCCUCCAACCUCUCCCUCUCCUCUUCGCCCACCGGCACUCCCAUCACACCAACCUUCAGCUCCACGCCGUCAGGUCUCUCAUUCGCAACUUCAGCACCAUCAACUCCAUCUCCCUUUCCACGCCUCAAUCUCCCCUCUUCAAUAUGCGAUCCCUCGAUACCGUUCCCUCGCCUCAUCGUCUUCGAUCUCGAUUACACGCUCUGGCCGUUUUGGGUCGAUACACACGUCACGCCUCCGCUAAAGAUCAACCCUGCGCAUACCGGCGCAACAGACCGCACAGGCGAGGAAUUCGAGUUUUACAGCGACGUGCCCGAGAUCCUCGCCGUUCUGCCAUAUCUCAACCAUCCCAACAAGAUCAAGCUGGGCGUUGCGUCGCGCACCAGCGCCCCUGCCUUGGCCCGCGAACUGCUCAAGGGAAUCCACAUCCCACCUACGGCGUCGUUUGCAGAAGAUGACGGCAAUAACAAAAAGGCCGCGGGGAAGAAGAAGGUUUCGAUCGAUGUGUUUGAUGGUGGACUGGAGAUAUACCCCGGGAGCAAAAUCAAGCACUUUGAGGCCCUGCAGAAGCGGACGGGGAUUCGGUUUGAGGACAUGCUGUUUUUCGAUGACGAGCCACGGAAUCGGGAGACGGAGAGGUUGGGGCUGACGAUGAAGCUGGUCCCGGAUGGUGUCUCGUGGGAGGAGAUUGGGAAGGGGAUUGAGCUGUGGAGGAGCAGAAGGUUUCCGCAACAAAGGCAUAAAGAUGGGGAACAGGCAUAG